AUGGAUUCAUCACUAAGAGAAGCUUGUGAUGUUCCAGAUUCUCUCUUCGCACGUUCGGAUGAGGAACUGAUUCGCCUUGUGUAUAAGGAGUUUCCAGGGGAAAUUGAUCGUCUGCGGCGAGCAUACUCCAUCCGAGACGGUCCCUGGACCCCUCCCAGCGCUCCAUCCCCAUCCUACACUUUAUACAACGAAGACUAUGAUGAAGUGAACCGCACACUUGUGGGUUUUCUAGCACUCCGCUGGAUUUAUACGGGCCAAUACGAGACCUUCAUCGGUUCACAGGAAUCCGCAUGUCAACUAACGCGAACCUCGUUUGAUUGGAUCCGCGAGUUCUACAUGCAGCUCGUCACAGAUGCAAACACACUCUUUACCUUGAUCACCUCAAUAAUCAUCAAUGAUCUAGGCAAAGAUCCGCAGUUAGCAUCUGACUGCCACGCAAAGACUGGUGUGGAUUUCUCCACUCUCAACCACGAUGCCAUUCUCCUCGUGGCCUGUAAGGCCGGCCUAGUUCCCUCACUGGACAAGCUUCAAGACCAAGAUAAGGAUGAUGUACUUCGGGCGAUCGAGCUCGGUGCGACCUUCAAUUUUGGUCAAUUGGCCCAGGCCGAAAACGCACCGGCCUGCUUGUCCGGUCUACCCCGCAUGAAAGGCCACGACCGCAGCUUCCAACUCCGUUUCAUGGAACAACUGCUCGAUAUCGCUGGUGCUGCGGGCCACAUGGACUGGACGUGUGCGAAGAAACUGAUCCAGCCUAUCUUUGACUCCUAUCGUAAUGUCUAUGAUGUAUGCGAGGGUGUCAUUGCAGGCAAUCUGACCGUCCGCAGUGGGUAUGACUUGAUAUUGCUUCGACGUGCAGAGUUCCUCCGUGACAAGGACGUGCGACUAUUUCACGUGGAGGAAAAUGCAGAGGACCGGGCCUUGAUGCGGUUGUUCUGUAUGGGAAAUGUGACUACCCAGGAAAAGGCGCUUUUGUAUGAAGAUGCGUGGCGUACACUGGAGGACCCGGUCAGAGAUACUCUGGCAAAUGCUCUUAAUCUAGAUGGCCGGAGGAGUGAGCCUGCUGUUCAGCCGACGUAUAUCCCUGCUCUGCUUGGCCGUAUACAGAAUGUGAAUGCGUUGGUGUGUACCCUGCAUUACCUUUCCCAGGUUAUGAGUUCGACGGAUGUCGAGGACCCUUCGGCGGUGGUUAUUGAGCGGAGUGUGUAUUCUGUUUUGAAGGAGUUUGUUGACGGUGAUGAGUUUCAGGAAGACCCGACUAUUUUGGAGAGGAUUGACGUGCCUGAUGGUGUAGUUGCUUUGACCACAGCCUCGCUUUGA